CUCAACCACCAUGUCGGAGUCGCGUCAGUUUGGAGACCUGGGGACCCAGCUGGUCAUGGAGUCGCGUCGCUCGACGCAGACCGACACGCUGCUCAAAUACAACGACUCCCUCGUCAGGUCCAUCAUUCGAGAACUCCGCGAACUUGAGAAAGCGGCCAUCUCCAUCGCAGAGAACGAGCCGAUGACGGCCGAAGGGCCCCCUCCGGCCCUCAUCAUCUACCAGACCGCUAUCAAUCGGAACAAGCGCUGCCUCCUCGCCUACCACAUGCACCGGACGGACCGCCUGCGCGACAUGUACUGGGCCGCCGGUGGCGCGCUGCCGCACAUCCUAUCGAACGCGGACACCCGCGGGAAGCUCUCCCCGCACGAGGUCGACUACCUCAAGCAGUACAACGCGAGCGUGAUGGAGUUCCGCGGGACCUUCUCCGGCGAGCUGGACAUCACGAGCGGGAUCGAGCACCCACCGAAGGACCUGCACGCGGUCGUGCGCGUCGUGCGCGACUGCGGGACGAUCACGACUGAACUUGGGAACAUCGACUUCAGGCAGGGGCAGCGGUUCACCGUGCGGAGGGCGGACAUCGAGCAUCUGAUAGUGCAGGGGUACCUGGAAGAGGUGUCGUGAGAGGUACUAGGCUUCAGACCAGCACAAGGGCAUGCUGGGCUUCGCAGCCUGCGCGCGCCCUCGAUCGAUGGCCGAUACAAGGAGGCGGACGCCGAGCCCUUGCGUCAGUCCUCGCAGUGUCUCCCACGACAGCCUCAAUUCUUGCGUCUGACUUCCAUGACGCUCUUGGGCUCGUACAGUUAGGCGCCCGUCGCUGCGCAGCCCUUGCGUUGACGCUCAAGAACCAGAGGAUGUGUCACGGAGCUAGGUCUUGUGGUGGCGUCGGCCUGGGAAAGGCUGCUUGGGCGCCUACAGAGGGACGUCAUGUAGCUUCUUCAGAGCUUCGCCGAUGUUUCGUGCGUGCAGUGAUAUGAGCGUGGGUUGGAAUGAUGGACUGUGGUACAAAUGGUUGUGAUCACGGACGGCGAUGGACGAUGGCGGAGGAUACACGCUUUCAA